CUAUAUAAAAAUAAGUCCGGUUUUCCUCCCUGACGCUAUAACUCCAGAACGCACGAACCGAUUUCCACGGUUUUGCAUUCGUUGGAAAGGUCUCGGGCUCCGUGAGGUUUAUAGUAAAGAAAAUUCAGGAAUAAUCAGGAAUAAUUCAACAGAAAAGUGGGUAAAUCGUUUUUCACAUACAGCGCCAUCUCUGAUACAUAGCAUGUACUACAAACCAAUAUCCAACACUUCAAGUAGAUGGCGCCGAGUGUUUGACAGCUACUCAUUGUCUCUGCUCAGUUAAUUUCAUUCAAGCUCAGUGUAAAUUAUGUGGAUCGUGCAUUUGAGGUUAAAUUCAACACUCUGUCCAUUGUCCAAAAUGCCUAGACAACGACGUGCGAGCAUCGGCCGCCGCACAAGACAUGCAAGCCAGCAACAAGUGUAUUCAAGGAACUUAAGCGAAGAAAGACAAAAUAUAAUAAGAGAAAAUGACCGAUUGAGACAUCGCGUGAGCACACGAAGAUCAUUGGCAUCAUACAAUCGCUUGGCAUUCCAAUAUGAUCCCACUGCAAACUACAGUGAUGAUGAAAAUUUAGAUAUUGGACGAAUGACGACUAUAUGCCGAUAUUGCAAUGCGUUAAAGUUCAAAAGAGAAACGGCUGGAUUGUGCUGCGCAAGUGGAAAAGUCAAACUGGAUCCAUUACUUACACCACCACAGCCACUGAAAACAUUGUUCGAUGGAAGUGAUCCCGAUUCCAGCCAUUUUCUUCAACACAUCCUUGAAUACAAUAACUGCUUUCGCAUGACUUCCUUUGGAGCUAAUAUCAUUCGAGAAGGCGGCUUCAUGCCGACUUGCAAGAUACAAGGACAAAUAUUUCAUUUGCAUGGUUCAAUGGUGCCAACACCAGAUGAACCGCAUCAAUUUCUGCAAAUAUAUUUCAUUUCGUCAAUGGUGGAUCAGUUGAAUGUGCGGUGCAAUAUACAGGGAGCACAACAGUUAAAGAGACGAAUUAUUGAACAGUUUCAAGCAUUUUUUCACGCUAAUAAUGCUGUGGUUAAUAUGUUCAAAACAGCAUUGGAACGAAUGCCAUCGGAUACGCACAAAUUUGUCAUAAGAGCGGAUUGUACCCCAACAGGUGAACAUGUGAUCGCUUAGUGUUUGCGGGAUAAAUUUAGAAAAUCAUUGUUUUUCACAUGGGCAGUUAUACGUUGCGUGUUCACGAGUUGGGAAACCAUCCGCUUUGUUUGUGUUAACGUCAGACCAAAAAACAAAAAAUGUGGUUUACCAAAGAGCACUACAAUGAAACGGAUAAUUUGCGGACACGUAUAACGCUUCGAUUCAGUAUUUACUUUGGAUUUGUAGCGAUAUCAAAGAGUAACUUUCAUUUACUUAGGGAAGUUCAACUAAAUAACACUUCAUUUUAGUAGGUAAUCGAAAUGUAUUUAUUACUGUUGUGAAAUGAAAUAAAUAUUUUCCUUUUCAAAU